AUGGCAAACCCUCUCAACAUGAAAGCUUUCGGCUGCUUUUUCUUCCUCGUCUCGCUCUCGUGUCUCUCCUUUUCUGCUGCAACUUUCGAUCGUGAUCUCCCUGACGGCUACAACGCCUACAUUGAUUGCAAUCUAACGUUCGGCAAUCCGAGGCUCGAGAAGGCCUACAAAGCCCUCCAGGCAUGGAAGAUGGCGAUCUACUCCGACCCGAAUAACUUCACGGGUAACUGGGUCGGCCCCGACGUCUGCGCCUACAACGGCGUCUUCUGCGAGCAGGCGCUCGACGACGCUAACGUCACCGUGGUUGCAGGUAUCGACCUGAACCACGGUGACAUCGCGGGGCACCUCCCCGAAGAGAUCGGGGAGUUGGGUGACAUCAGUCUCCUCCAUCUGAACUCGAACCGCUUCUGCGGGGUGGUGCCUGACACCAUCAGGAAUCUGAAGAUCCUCUAUGAGCUCGAUCUGAGCAACAACCGGUUCGUGGGUCCGUUUCCCAAGGUGGUCCUUACGCUUCCCGAGCUCAAGUACCUAGAUCUUAGGUAUAAUGACUUCGAGGGUCCGUUGCCCCCCGAGGUGUUUGACAAGGAGCUCGAUGCGAUCUUCUUGAACCACAACAGGUUCACGUCGGUCAUACCGGAGAAUUUCGGUAACUCGCCGGCGUCGGUGGUGGUGAUCUCCGACAACAGGUUGGUGGGUUGCAUUCCGAAGAGCAUUGGCAACAUGGCGGGGAAUUUGGACGAGUUGAUAUUGUCGCACAACAAUCUCUCCGGUUGCUUGCCGGAGGAGAUCACGUUGUUGAACACCACUACGGUUUUCGAUAUCAGCAGGAAUAGCUUCUUCGGAGAUUUGCCAAGGGGUAUGGAGUACUUGCAGAGCUUGGAAAUUAUCAACAUUGCGAGGAACAAGUUCAGGAGCAAGGUGCCGGACAGCGUCUGCAGCUUGCCGAGCUUGCAAAAUUUCACGUACUCGUACAACUAUUUCGAGGACAAGGAUGAAGAUUGCUAUCCGAGUGCCUUGCCGGAGGUUGUGAUCGACGAGGAGGAGAAUUGCUUCCCGGGGGAGAAAAACCAGAGAUCCGAAAAGGAGUGCCGAUCGGUGUUGAGCAAGAAGGUCGAUUGCAGUGUCGCGUGCAGAGCACCCUCUGAUGGAGGUGCACCUAAGCCAUCUAAACCGAAGGGGCCCCCUAAGGAAGAAACUCCAUCCAAGUCGAAGGUGUCUCCUCCCAAAGAAGAAACUCCAUCGAAAUCGAAGGGUUCUCCUCCAAAGGAAGAAACUCCAUCAAAAUCGAAUGGGUCCCCUCCAAAAGAAGAAACUCCAUCGAAAUCGAAGAUAUCCCCUCCUAAGGAAGAAACUCCAUCGCCCCCGAAAGAAGAUGCUCCGGUGAAAUCACCCCCGAAAGAAGAUGCUCCCGGGAAAUCGGAGAAAAAGCCAGAAGCUCCGGCGAAGACGCCAAGUCCGGUACCGGUGAAGCCACCAACAAAGGUUGAGCCAGCUCCAGCUCCAACGCCCAAAGAAGCACCUACACCCAAGAUGCCGAAAACUCCAGAAGGAUCAAAGGCUCCGGCACCAUCAACUUCCGAGAAGACGUCUCCUCCUGAAUCCGAGAUAUCUAUUCCGCCUACAAUAGGUGGAGUGUACGAAUCACCACCGCCACCACUUCCCUCGCCACCACCACAAGUUAUUCUCUACCACCACCACCACCACCUUUUCCUCCUCCUCCCGCUU